UCUGCAUUCAUGUAUGCAGCACGGUGAAGAGAAGUCGAGUGUUUUAUAGUAAUAACAUCGAAUGGUUUGAUUUAGCAAAAACUGAAGAAAAAUUCUCGUUUUACCAGUUCGGUUAUAGCGCCUUUGAACUAGUUGGAAUGCUGCGUCGGUUCGUAGACUGUUGGCAAGUCGUCUGAAAGAUAAGGGUUAGGCGAUGAAGCAGUGAUUCGAAUCCGACUUUCCUCGAAAUGGAAAUCGUGCAAAAUAAGCACGUUGCUGAAGCAGAGAGUAGUUUUCCGAUGAAGCUCACAGAUCAAGAAAAAUACAUCAGAAUAGACAACGAUAUCAUGACUCGUCGACUGAAGAAUCGAGAAAGGCAACGCAGAUAUAGAGCUCGGAAACGUUUAGAAGAAGAAAUAAAGAAGGCUUCAACCAUAAAACACCCUACUCAAACAGGAACUUAUUUUCAACCAAAUGGCGUUGCGAACAAUCCCUUGACUCGAGUUCAUUGUAGUCGAAAUUGGAAGAAGGAAGCAAGAAAUGCCAGUGUAUCAAGAGGGUUAGAAGAAGCCUCUUGUAAUAGUUCUAAUAUGGCUGCAAAAUCAUCAACCAGUGAGGGUCAAAUCCAGUGCCAGCCCUCUAAUCCCGAACCACAAUCAGAAACACGAUCACACUCGGAGCCACCUACCGAACAGCUCGUCUCAGAGACAGCGAAAAAGGUGCUCGGUCGAAGAAAUUGGAAAGCAGAUGCAAGAAAGAAGAAGAAUUAGAGCUGAGUUCGAGUUCGCAUUCCUAAAUUAUUGAUAACAUGUAUGACAUUAUUCUUAUGAUUUCCCUGUUGUAGUUGGGGCUUUUGCUGUGAUUUCGUAUCGUCUGGAAUGAACGUUCAACCGAUGACGAUGGCGCCAUUUGAAGGAUUUUCACAUGAAGCUGGACGGUUUUUGUAUGCAUAGAUUGGGUUGAGAAAGAAGGUAGAACUCUCCCGGAUUGAAGGCGAUCGGAAGCGUUUUCAAAUAUGUGUAAGUUUUUAUAUUAGUUAAAGAGUGAUUGGGUAAAAAUUCUGGAGGUGUAGAUAUACAUGUUUAUUUAUCCCUGUUGAAUAUGGAUAUCCCUUAUAUUAAUGUCACACAGUUUGUUCAUUCUAAUUUUAUAGCAUCUUGCUUGGUU